AUGCAGGAACAGACAUGCAGGCCGCACGUUCCAACCAUCGAUCCCGGGUGCGGAGGACCAACCUGUCAUGUCGUGGCGGGAAGCGGGCGACGCAGUGAGCAUCGCCGCUGUUCCUGCAACAUCCGGCGUUUUCAAGCCCCUUUUGCCGCGUUAGCGCUGCGCCUUGUGGGCAGUGGAGAAGCCCAACAAACGCGUGCCGACGCGCAAGAAUGCAGUUUUCGCUUUGGUCUGGCCAUGGGCAUCUUUUUGUGUCUUGAUUUCAGGCCUGAAGGACCACGCCCGGACUCGCCAGCUUUGGCCAUGGACGGCAUGCACGUGCCUCAUCUCGCUCGCCGUUUCCCCCCACCACCAUCGCUCUCUUCACUCUUCGCCUGCAAUGCGGCCACGCGUCUUGCAUCUCCAGCAUCCUCAACAUCCCAAGCUUUCCAAGUUGCCCAAUAUACACAUGUCUUAGCAUUGGCCACGAUCAAUAAGUUUGAGAUUUGCCUGCGAACACCUAGGAGGUUGCUUCCAUCAGCAGCCGGAUCGCCAAUCUCGCGGGGACUGCCCUGGCCAGACUCUUGUUUGACAGAACUACCCAUGCAUGGAUCACCCUGUCUUUCUCCCUCUCAACCACAACAGUGA